CGCUCAGAGGCCGCUGCGAUGCUCCCCUCUUUGCAGGAAUCGCUGGAUGGGGAUGAAAAGGAGGUAGAGAGCAGCGAGGAGGGCGGCUCCGCGGAGGAGCGGAGACUGGAGCCCCAGCCCAGCAGUCACUACAGUCUCUACAGCUACCACAGCAGCAGAUUGGCACAGCAGCGAGGGGACGGUGAUGAUGGGGGUGGCACAAAUGCGGAAACUCCUUCCAGUGAUGAUUUCAGCCUCUCCUUCGUGGACACUAAUCUACCAUCUGAAGUGGAGCCACAACUGCGCAGUUUCAUUGCUAAGCGUCUUUCUAAGGGAGCUGUCUUUGAAGGACUGGGUAAUGUUACAUCCGUGGAGCUGAGUUCUCCAGGUUACCAAGUUGGUUGUUAUUACUGCCUUUUUCAACAAGCAAAACUGUUUCCUGAAGCAGCCACAGAAGACUCUGAAUAUAAACCUUCAGAAUAUGUGGUUUGUUUCUUAGGAGGGUCUGAAAAAGGACUUGAGCUUUUCAGGCUUGAAUUGGACAAGUACAUUCAAGGGCUGAAAAAUAACAUGAACUGUGAGGAAAGAGGUCUGGAGAACCACAUAAAAUCCUACCUGAGCAGCUGGUUUGAGGAUGUUGUAUGUCCAAUCCAAAGGGUUGUUCUUCUUUUUCAGGAGAAACUUACUUUCCUGCUUCACGCUGCUCUGAGUUACACUCCUGUUGAGGUUAAAGAAUCAGAUGAAAAAACAAAGAGAGACAUUAACAGGUUUCUGAGUGUGGCCAGUCUUCAAGGACUUAUUCACGAAGGCACCAUGACAUCUCUGUGCAUGGCCAUGACGGAGGAGCAGCGUACGUCCGUAGUCAUUGACUGCAGUGGCUCCCAGCCUCAGGUCUCCAAUGCAGGAAGCAACCGAUUUUGUGAGGACUGGAUGCAGGCAUUUUUAAAUGGUGCUGAAGGGGGCAACCCUUUUCUUUCCCGGCAAGUACUGGAGAACUUUAAAUUAAAGGCCAUACAAAACACAAAUAAUCUGAAGAGAUUUAUCCGGCAGUCAGAAAUGAAUCAUUACGCUUUGUUUAAAUGUUACACGUUCCUAAAGAACUGUGGUAGUGGAGAUAUCCUUUUGAAGAUUGUUAAAGUGGAACAUGAAGAAAUGCCAGAAGCUAAAAAUGUGGUAGCAGUCCUGGAAGAAUUCAUGAAAGAAGCUCUUGUCCAAAGUGUUUGAUCAUAUGUUUUGAGGUAAUUGUAUCGUGAAGUUGUGUAGUCAAGCCUAGGUGUUUGAAAUUGCAGUUGUUAUCAUUGUUCAUAGGAUUACUGUUUAAGAUUAUUUGAAACUCAUUUUAGAAUUUUUUUUCUUUUGGAAUUUUCAGAUUUAACUUAAUUAAACAUAAAAAGCUGAGGAACAUCUUCAGUGAAUCCUAGAUAGGUAUGUGUGUCCGAACUGUGGAAUUGUAGCAUAUUGCUCACUGGUCCCAUAAAUUCUAGACUGCAAGAAGUUGUUGCUUAAAAAAUAUCAGAGGUAAUUUUGUGGCUUCUUCCAGGAGUUUGCUGCAGUAGUUAGGAACUUUUCUUCUCAGAAAGAUCAUAGUACUUCUAACUUAAUGGAUUGUAGCUUCUU